UCGACUGGUUAUUUGAAGACCAACAACACCCUCGAGCAACUUCCAAAUAUAAGUUUCUGGAGUCAAUUCGUAUAUCUGAUUUCUUCUACAUACACAGAAACCCGAGCCACAAUGCGUCCGUCAGUCUUGAGGCUAGCAUCUGCCGUCAACACCCAGCGUGGGCUGAGGCCGAAUCCAAUGGCCCUGCUUCCUCCCAUCCACCUCUACCGCCGUCUCCUCCGUGCCCACCGCAAGUACCUACCGGCUGAGAUGAGGAUUCUCGGAGACGAGUAUAUCAAGGCUGAAUUUAGGGCGCACCGCAAGGUGGACAACCCAGCUCAUCUGAUUGGCUUCUUGACAGAGUGGCAGCUGUAUGCUCAAAAGAUUGAGGGUGACUCUUGGGUGGGUGAUAAGCUGGAUGAGCAGAAGCUCGCAAAGAUGAGUGAUGAGCAAAUACACCAGCUGUACGAGUUGAUGCAGGCGAUCCAGGCUAGGUCCAAGGAGGGUGGCGAGUCAGAUUCAUAG